AUGGAGCAUUUAAGUGAACGUCAGCAACGCGAAUUUCAAAACGCUGAUAAGUGCGGCCUUUGCGAUGAAGUUUUUACCGAAACAGACACAAAGGUGAUGAAAGAGAAGAAUGUGACGAAAUUGGUGUUUUCUUCAUCAUCUACCGUCUAUGGAAAUCCUGAAUAUCUACCUAUAUGUGAAAAACAUCCAACUGGACGAAGCUGUACAAAUCCGUAUGGCAAAUCGAAAUACUUUGUUGAAGAAAUUCUCAGAGAUUUGGUGACUUCUGACAAGACGAUGAAUGUGAUCUCACUGCGUUAUUUCAAUCCAGUCGGAGCUCAUUGUUCUGGCGAAAUCGGCGAAUAUCCGACGGGGGCACCCAACAAUCUGAUGCCCUAUGUUGCACAAGUGGCCAUUGGCAGAAGAAACGAACUGCUCGUCUUUGGCAACGAUUAUGAUACCCCUGAUGGAACAGGUGUUGGAGAUUACAUCCAUAUAAUGGAUUUGGCUGAAGGACAUGUUGUUGCUCUUGAGAAUAUUCUGCAGACAUCUUCUGUGGAUCGAUUCAAUGUGUUCAAUUUGGGUACUGGAAGAGACUACUCCGUUUUAGAGGGCUAG